CGUUAAAGCGUCCUCCUCUGCAAACACUUGAGUAAAUUUACAGCUUUCAAGCGAGCAUUAUGGCUACCGACGAAGCACCGGAUCAACCCGAUUUGUCUUGCAUAGAGGAGAGUCUCAUGAGUCUAGAGAAAUUGGAUAGAGCGUCACCCGAUCUAUGGCCUGAGCAGACGAGCAAUGAAGUUCCAGGUGUACAUGAGUUCGUUGCUCAAAAUUCACCGCAGACAGAACCAUGUUUUUGGGCUGCGAUGUCGCAGGAAGACAUAAGCCAUGUGCAUCAACUGGGUAAUAUGUCAAUGACCGGGCUUAUCUCGGAAGUGAAAAGACUGCACGAUUUAGCUUAUCAGCUGGGUCUAGAGGAGGCUAAGGAAAUGACACGCGGCAAAUACUUGAACAUAUUUAAACAUAAAUAACCUAUUUUAGAUUUGCAAAAAAAAAUAAUAAAACGUGAAAAUGCAUAAGUAUAAUCGGUAUUCUUAAGAAACGUUUUGAGACGUUUUUAUAUUUUUGCAACCUGAAAAUUCUUUAAGAAUUCUCUAAGAUCCACCUUGUGUAUCUCUGUACAUUUACAAAUGCAGAUGGAAAAAUGAUGCUUGAGUCACAACUAGACCCAAAUGAUAGGAUUCCAACCUGAUAAAAAAAAAAAAAAGGAAAACAUAAAUAUGUGAACUACAUCUGUAGUAUAUAUGUAAAUAUUUAUGUUGAUAACGUACCAGGAAAUAUGUGUCCGCAUAUUUGUAUAACAGAGGACUACCGCUGUAACCUGAACAAGGUUCACAGUUUCCUUUGGCGCAUAAUUCGACAGAUAGAGCUUGGCUUAAAUAGUCCGAGCACUGCUGCUUAGGUACGAGUUCUAGUUGUAAUGACUGUUGCGUCAGUGGUUGCGCUGGAUCACAGGGUUACAGCACUUGAACGUUACAUAAACACAGCUUACAGUUUACGCUUUACGAUAGUUUGUUCUAUUAAUACAAAUACCUUUUUGACCUGACAAUUUUCCCCAGCCGACAACAGUGCAUGUACUUCCUAAGCUGACGUAUCUGUCUUCCGGUAUAAAGCAGAUUGGUUGAGCUGUGGCUGGAGAAGACCGGAUAUAUUGCUAUUUCAUUGAGGCUGUGACCGUCACAAUGUCUUCAACGCGUGUAUAUUUAAGAAUUGUACAUACCUGUAAAAUCGAUAGCCUUCUUCAAGCGAAGUAAGGCGAUAUUGUUCGAAUAACUUGCGGCGUUGUAGCCCGGAUGUUUAACUACAUACGAUAUGUCGUGGCUACUGAUAUUGUGCCCGCAAAACAAAUUAUUGCAAUCUGGAUUCGACUCUGUAUUAUAUUCACCAAUAAGCACAGAGCAUCUGAAUGGAUUACGAACAACGAUUAUUAUAAUUACUGCAUGCUACAGAUCAAUGCUGUCAUACAAUCGAAAAUCUGAGCAACGAUCAUUCGUUAUAUUUUAUUUUCGACUGCUGUAUACGUACAAUUUGUAUCUGUCCGAUUUCGCGAGUGCGCAUGUAGCUGUAGUCAAUACAAUACGCUCAUUAACAAUCA